GUUGAAACUAGUGGCGUCGCUGCGCACUAAAAUUGAUUUGAUCAAUAUUCGUUAUUCGUUUAUUCUAUAGCCCAAUCGAAUGGCAGUCGGUCCUGAGUGCUGAACGCUUACAUUUAGUUAUAAACUACCUACCUAAUUACUUAAAUUAGUAUGUCUUUGCCUUUCCUUUGGUAUUCUCGUCAUCUAAAAAUUUAGCUUUUUAGAAAUAUACUUGCUUUAAAAAUAGUGUUAGAUCUGCAUUGCUGCCAUCUUUAAAUAACAACAAUGAGGAGGCGGCCGCAAGCACAGCGGAAGUAUGCACAAGGAGUAGUAAUUCCGCGGAAACCACGCCGCCACGUCACCAGGACUUCGGAACUCCCCAUUUCAAGUGAAGACAAGGAAAAACUCAUCAAAGUAAGGGCAACCGUCCAUGCAAUGUUGGAUGUGAUAUCGUUUGAAGGUAUACAUCCAUUGCAUUUGGAGCCAGUGGUGAUCUUAAAUAGGAUUGACGGGGCUGUUCCUGUGACUCAAAAUUCUGACGGAGAGAAUUCUGAUGACGAAGAAGUAAACAACCAAAUCCAAAACAUUGCGAUGUGUUCUCAAAUAAUAGAUAGAAACAUAAAACGAAGUAAUACCAGUGUUGAUUCCGAUUCCGACAACGAGCCUCUUGUUCGUCGAGUAAGAAAUAUGAGUGGUGUGGUAGCAGUGGCGGGGCCAAGUCGAACAUCCAAUGAACAGUUUUACGUGGCAUCAAAUGGCGCAGCAGUGGCGGGUCCAAGCAGGAUGUCUAAUGAACAGUUUAAUGUGGCAUCAAGUGGUGCACCAGUGGCGGGUCCAAGCCGAAUGUCUGAUCAACAGUUUUACGUGGCAUCAUCAAGUGGUGCACCAGUGGCGGGUCCAAGCCGAAUGUCUGAUCAACAGUUUUACGUGGCAUCAUCAAGUGGUGCACCAGUGGCGGGUCCAAGCCGAAUGUCUGAUCAACAGUUUUACUUGGCAUCAAGUGGUGCACCAGUGGCGGGUCCAAGCCGAAUGUCUGAUCAACAGUUUUACGUGGCAUCAUCAAGUGGUGCACCAGUGGCGGGUCCAAGCCGAAUGUCUGAUCAACAGUUUUACGUGGCAUCAAGUGGUGUACCAGUGGCGGGUCCAAGCCGAAUGUCUGAUGGACAGUUUUACGUGGCAUCAAGUGGCGCAGCAGUGGCGGGUCCAAGCCGGAUGACCAAUGACCCGAUUUUCUUAACAUCAAGUGGCGUAGCAGUGGCGGGUCCAAGCAGGAUAUCCCAUGAACAGUUUUACGUGGCAUCAAGUGGUGUACCAGUGGCGGGUCCAAGCCGAAUGUCUGAUGGACAGUUUUACGUGGCAUCAAGUGGCGCAGCAUUGGCGGGUCCAAGCCGGGAGUUCAAUGAACCGUUUUAUCUGACAUCAAGUGGUGCACCAGUGGCGGGUCCAAGCCGAAACUACAAUGAACAGUUUUACAUGGAAUCAACUGGUGCCGCAGCUGCAAGCCGCAAGUCCAAUAACCAGUUCUUCGUGGAAUUAAAUAGAGCAGAAGUGGCAAAUUUCAUGGACACGAAGGGUUUCGAUUCAGAGUCCAGGAAUGCCUACGCGCUGCUCUUAGGGAUGAGUGACGCGCGCCAAGCAAAUCACCUCUCCGGUAUAUCAAUGGCAACAAAUACAUCAACUGACGAAGUAACAGACCGAAGCGAAGAAGAACGCUACAAGGUUACAUCAAUGGAAAAUAAUGCAUCCACUCUCUUAUUAACAGACCUGCGUCAAGCAGAGUCAUAUACCCUGAAUGCACCAAACCAAUGGAGUGCAGCAAGGGUUAAAACCCCAUCGCCUGUCGCAUUAACAAAUCCAGCCGUAAACCAAAACAUCCCGGGCUCAUUAAGGUCUUGUAUUCCUGUUAAUAAUGAGAUGAGUUCGCAGACAUGUGCUUCAAAUUCUAUCAAAACUAUGAAGCAAUUGUUAUCUGAGUGGGAUAAAAUUAAACACAAUAUUUGCAAGAGUUGCCCAAAAUGUAAUAUGCUCUUAUUGCUGGAUGAAAUUAUCAAACAAUUUAACACAAAGUUCGGCUUUGAUGUACCCCAGUUCAGCACGCCGACGAUAUCGGAUAUAAUCGACUUAACCUUGGAUGACUGUGAUAAUGGUGAAGAUAUAAUCAACAUUUCUGGGCGCUAUGCUUCGUACGUUCGAGAGAUUAACGAUGUGCUUAAUAAGACCUUAAAACAAGAGCAACCAGAUUCUUUGAAUAUAGAAGAUACAGAAAAUAACGGGAAUCUUCAAUAUACAGAAAAUUCAAGUAAUGAUAUUAAUAUUGAUGCACAUGAUGGAUCCAAUAAAAGAUUUAAUAAUUCAGUACCCAUUACAAUUACUAACCCUCUUCCACCAUUGGGUGAAAAGGAACAAAGGGCUAAUACAAUACAAGAGGCCCCAGUUUGGUCUCCGACAGCGGAGGAGUUUAAGGACCCUAUGAAAUACAUCGAACAUAUAACGAAGCAAUGUACCCAAGGUAUGUUGAAGGUGGUGCCACCCCCACAAUUCAAGCCUCCGUGCCAGCUCGGGGGUCCAAUACAUUUUACCGUGGUGCUGCAUUAUAUAUCGCGCAUGUAUAAGCGCUGGACGCCCAUUACCAAGGAAAUAACUACAAUGAGAGCAUACCUUGCGUCGCAAGGUGUCCAGAUCGGCCGACCACCUUUUAUCAAAGGUAUUCAAGUGGACCUACCGAAAUUAAUGAACACUAUUGAAAAGAAUGGGGGAUUCCGCAAUAUGCAGACUAAACAGCAGUGGGACAAGGUUGCGCAGGCGAUGAAUUACACUAGCCUGCGCAAUCCGCAAAAGCGACUCGACCAGAUGUAUGUAAGGCAUAUAUUGCCUUAUGCGACCUUGUCGUCAGAUGAACGAGAAACAUGGUUGGAUUCCGUUGAUAAAGUAUGGCAAAAGCGCUACGAAGCUCUGCUGUUCAGAUCCGAAAACCCUCUUCGCAGGGGAGAGAAUAUAUUAGAUGGCAGAGAGAUGCCGCCCAGAGAUGAAUACACUGACAAGGAAGCAAAAUUAUUAAAACAUAUAGCGGAGAUCGAAGAAUGCAUAGUGCGGGACAGAAUUAUGAAUCUGAACUCUUUUAAAAGGAUUGCGGCUACUGCAAAUGAAUUAUUCCUUGGAGACGCGAAUACGCCCUCUGCAGAAGACGUCGAGAUCGUCUAUUGGGAUAUAGUAACCAGUGGCAAGGAGCACGUGUGCGUCUGCGGAGCGUCUGUAGACACUAGUGACGGGGGUCAUGGCUUUCCCCUCAAAUGUAAGCCGUAUUGCGACAGCGCCUGGAACCUCAAGUUCUUCAAGAAUCUUCCUGGAAACUUAUUGGGCGUCCUUGGUGAUGUGCCCGGCGUCACGGUGACGACAUUGCACCUGGAAAUGGCAUUUUCCACAAGCUGUUGGCAUCGGGACCCUCAUGGCUUGCCCUGGAUUGAAUAUCUACACACCGGAGCCGAUAAAAUAUGGUACAGCCUUCCUGAAGAGGAAAACGAAAAUUUCAGAAGAGUUGUGAAGAAAUAUUGCCCUCAUAUUUGCCAGAAUAAAUCAGUAUGGCUUCCUUCCGACAUGGUUAUGAUCCCACCGGAAGUCCUACUACAAGAGGGUGUCAAGCUGACCCGCACGGUACAGAAACCGGGCGAGUAUGUGAUUGUCUGCCCCAGGGCCUACACAUGCUCGGUGGCCACCGGCUUCUCGGUCUCCGAGAGCGUGUACUUCGCACUCUAUUCCUCCGUAGGAAUCAUCGUUAGCUCGUUCGGAGACGCUAAGGAGAGUCAUGAGCCGACGAUGUUCUCUUUCGAACAGCUACUGAUAGCGAUGACCCGCUCCGAUAAUAUGACGCUAGAGGUCCUGAGAGUCUUACUGGAGGCACUCGACACCAUGAUCAAGGAAGAGCUUGAAUAUCGUGGUCAGUUCAGGAAGCUAGGGUUGAAGGGACAAAUUAGAGAACGGUCGAAGCCGCCGUCCGGUGCUUGGAAUACGAAAGAACUGGAUGAGUGCCAGGUGUGCUCCUCCACUUUAUACUUGUCAAGAGUAGUCGGAGUGAAGCGCAUGAGGGAUGAAGCAAUGUGUCCCAAGCACGCCCUGAUUAUUCUAAACAAGGGGACGAGAUCCAGACAGGGUGACUCAACUCUAGACCUUAAGGGUGUAACGCUAGACAUCUUUUACUCAUCCGUGGAAAUAGAGGAAAUUUUGCAGUCUAUUGUUAGGCGCUGCGAAGGCGUUUAAAUUAAUAGGCGUUAAAACGCCUUUGGUUGGAGCCUUCGUCAGUCGUAAAGGCCGUUAACAUCUAAACUAUCUAUGGAACGUAUGUACGAGUACAUUUAAAUAAAAUACAUAUUUGUUAUUAUUUUAGUUAACCCGUAGUUGGAAGUGGAUGUAUUGGUUUGGACAAUCUGUUAUGUUGUCACAUACAGCUGACUUGGAGUGACGUCUAUGUUUGAUAUCUGCAAUGUGUUCUUUAAGUCAGUUUGAGAUAUUAAUUAUUAAGAAGUGUUUUAUUUAAAUGUAACACUGAUCAAAGAAAUAUCGUACGGUCCGUUUAUGUGACAGAUAACAGGGUAUUGUUUAUAUUGCCGCAAAAAAAGAUUUUUAAUUUAUUAAAAAUAAUUUAACUAAGACGUGAGAGCCAUGUGAUUCCACAGACACUCAAAAGAAGGGGAAACUUGUCUUAAACGUCGUUAUUAUAGUAAACAGGGUUGCCAAACUUACAUAUUACGUAAGUUUGGCAACAUAUCAAUAAUAGUUGAAUGCGUGAUGAUAAUAUUAUUAUCACCACGCAUGCAACUAUUAUGUAUUUUUCUACUUAGUUAGAUAAGAUGUGGACUCAAUAAAAGGAUAAUAGAUGGAGUAUCCUUUUCAGUCGCCUUUACGCGAAAUCGUAAACUAACAAAACAAAAUAAGUUUUCUAUUAUUUACUUGUUUGCACUGUUAAACUUGAAUAUAAUUUCAAAAUAUUUAUCACGUUUAUUGUAUAAGUCAUGUUCAAAAAAGGUUAAUAUAAACUUUAUUAAUUGUGUUCGGAUACAUGUACUACGAUGUACGACUCGAUGAAAUAAAAUUGUGACAGUUUAACCGCGUUCCCCCAAUACCAGUUUGUAUCUACAACAGUUCAUAUUUCAACUGUUGUGCUUUAGUAGUUAAGUACGAUUAAGUAUAUGGAUUAACAGCCGUGUUCACAAACGUUGCUUCCUUGAGUACAUAUAGCAACAACGCUAUGCUAAGUACGAUGUUUUGCGGUUCGUAUAUACAAUACUUAAUAAUAAUUAAUACUGUGCGGACCCAUACCAUUAAAUGGAGCGCUGUCAUUGGUUACCGUUGUGUUGCCAUUUCAGUCGAGUCGAUUUGGAUAGUAAAUUAUUGUUUUAUGGGUAACUAGCCUGGAAAAUCCUCGUUGAAUAAAAUCUCAAGGCAACCAAUUACUUGUAAAUAGGGGGCACAGGAAGGCUCUGCUGAUAAUUUCUAAAGGUCUACAAUUAUUGAAAGCAGGUUAACCUUUAAAACUAUAUGAGGCUGUCAGCGCAAAAGUAGUGUAACCCCAGACUACUUAUUAUAAGAUAAUGAGGAGUUAAAAUUUGGUGUACUUGUUUUUUAACCUUGUUUCUUUUGUGAACAUUAUUUUAACUGUUAUUAAUUAACUUUAUAAAAAGAAUCUCGAAAUCUAUAAUAUUUGGGUGCUUUUGUGAUAAUUAUGCUCAAAAUAAUAAAAAAAAUGUGGAUUACACCACUUUUGCACUUAUGAUAUUUUGGUGUAAUUUUAAAUAAUAAAACACCAAAUAAAGACAAAUUUAAUAAGAACACAAUCAAAAUAGCACAACAAGGGUUGUUAUUCUUCAUCUGUCUCAUCAUAAUAAGCUACAUCCCUGACACUGUUUGAACUAUUUAUAUUUUUAUAGAAAGUGUGGUAAACUGGUGGUAUGAACUGCAAAAAUUCGAGAAGAUCCUUCUUCUUUUUUUCAGCAAUGGUUGGUUUUUCCAAUGCAUCCAGGUGUGUUAUUUUCACUGAUUGCCGUAUCUUUACACUGACUUCAUUAAAGAGGACUUCUUCAUUAUUAGAGUAUUUGUAGAAAAAUGAAAAUUGAUGAAGUUUAUGGAAUUUCAACCACUGAAUUUUCAACCAUUCUACCUUGUUAUUUUCAAGCGAAAUUUUUCGGUUUUUUAUAUUUUUUUCCAGUGAUUUAGAGGAAAAAAAAACCCCUACCUGUCAUUCUUAUUAUUUUAAAUGGUUGUUUUUUGCGAGUCGUUUUAAUUACUUCGAGCCAGUUCUCUGGAAUGUAUAUUUCUUUGAAAAUUUUUUUAUUCUUCUCUAUUCGGCCAAAAUCUUGGUCGCAUGGUAAGUAUGAAUGCCUACUGACCAAAAAUUUAUGAUCUAUUUCUUCAAUAGUAAAGUCCGGAUGAGAUACCACAUACUGACAGAACAACGAUAACUUUGUUUCUAUUCUGUCCUCCGCAUUGGUCAGAAUACAUGCUUACUUUUUUAGUAGUCAUAAAAUUUUUAAAAAAGUACAGCAAGCAAGAUCCAAUUUCUUGGGGCAUCUGACUCGUCCCAAACAAAUAUGUAGGCAUCAUCUGUCCCCAUGUUGUGAAUUCCAAAGCAAAAAGUCCAAAGCUGUCUUUUGUAAUACACGACUCCAGUGCUCAACACGGGUAGGUAGGGUUUUCAUUAAGUCAAAGGUGAUUACAGUGAUGUCGAGCACAUUUAAUUUGGUUGUUGAAGAGAUCACAUUUUUUGCAAGAAUCACUAAUGGGUGCAUGGAAUCUUAAAUUGAAACUUUCAUUAAAAAUUUUGCUGAACAUAAAUGAUGAAAUUGGUUCAAGUGUAACAUUUUUAUAAAGAGAAUACAUUCGUCCAAGGCUCAGGUCCGGUGAAAGAAAUCUUCUAUUCUCACUUUUAUGUCUGGUACAAUGAGACUCAUAGACUGGAAACUGGCCAAUGAAUUGUUUUACCUCUGCGAUCUUAUUGUCUGGUGUUUUCCUGGUUUUUUCCUGGUUUAAAAGUGGUGUAUACAGCUUACACCACUCUUGCACUAUAGCUCUUGGUUGUAACGGCCCGUGCAAAAACUAUAUUUCUAGCGCCAUCUGUUUUUGGAUACAAAAAGGCUUACUCGACUAUUGCACUGAACAUUUAUAUUGUAAAGAACAUAUCUUACACCAGAACCGUAACCAACGUAAAUUGUGGGUUACACCACUUUUGCGCUGAUAGCUUCAUAUAUCGUCCUUUUAAUUUCGCGGCAUUGUUAUAGUCAAAAGUAUUUUGAAAAUUCCGUAUGACUUUUCUAGUUCUCUCACGAAUAUAAUUAUCAAAGUAUUGUUCAUAAUUGUUUGUGACAAUCAACAAGCAUACAUAACCCGUUAUACGGUUUGAUAUGCACUUAUACGUAGCGUAAAGUAGCUAGCGAGCGUGUUUAUAUUGUAUUAUGAAUAGGUUUUCUGUGCCCUGUAACAAUUGUGAAUACGGCUGUAAGAGUAGUCAGUAGUUCUAAGUAAUUAUAGCGUGUCUAUCUUUAUAUUUUUUUAUUUUCUUUUCUAUGAAAUACGGCCAUAUCGUUUUAACGUUAAAAAAUUGCAAGUUAUUAUAUAAUAAUGACUCUUAGAUCUCUAUAUUUUUAUAUUUUUUUUCUUUUCUAUGAAAUGCGCCCAUAACGGUUUUUACGUUAAAAAAGUUAUAAUAAUGACUCUUAGUUUAUACUGUCGCAAAAUCUGUGUACUAAAAUUUGAAGUAUGAAACAAAGCUCAAAUUACAUAUAUGUGUAUAGUUUAAGGUUAGUUCAUAUUUUAUAAAUUGUAUUGUUAUAUGUACUCUCCAAACAAGUUUGUUAGCAAUAUUUGCUAACAAAACAAAGCCAAUUCUGCUGCUUGAUGAUUAGCUAUAUGUGCUACUGGACUUAGUUCCACAAAUUUCUAUACAAUAUUCAGUUAUAUCAAAACUGGGCAUAAAACGAUUUAUAAUAAGCUAUCUCGUAAGUAGAAUCUGUCUGUUAAUCUGAUUAUUUCCCCCAUGAGUGGUGCCUGCACCAGGCCUGGUGCGGGUCACAAUAAUAUGUUACUGUGUAGUGUGUGCAUUAAAUGUGUUUUUGAUAUAAUAUAUGAUUAAGAUAUAAUCUUAUUGAACUUCUGCAAAAGUUCAUGCUUUUCGCAAAUCUAUACUUUCAAAGCAUUUAUUCUUUUUAGAGUUACUCAAUAGCGGGUAAUAUUAAAACAAAUUUUUGAGAAAAUUCAGGUUGGGCCUUGAAUGAGUUAUUAUCGAGAAAGCAAAUAAAACAUCAGCUCUCUAGCUGGAAUCAUCCAUGAUACACGUCGGCAAUGAUUCCUUUUUCACAAUGUUUCAUAAGACAGCUUUUUGGCUUUUAGUUGCAUAUUUCGUAAAUAAAAAACAUAUUUUAAUUCCCCUUUACUUGAUCGCAUUUCAUUUAUUGUAAGCCACCUGACAAAUUGUCACUUACAGAGUGAUCAGAUUCUAAAAAAUGUGUUAAAUCAAUUUUAGAUGGUUCAUUUACAGCCCAAAACAAAACAACGGUCAAAAUAACGAACCUCGACGAUAUGAUUGAGGAGUUACCUCAACUAAAAUAAAAUUAUAGAUCUCUCAAAUCUCAGUUUCUUUUUUUGCCAUUAAUUUCCUUCCAGCCAUUACAAAAUGCGUCAGGCUGUACAGUAUAAGGUUCCAGCAAUAAAAUAAAAGACCUUCAUUUGCACUGGGAAUUUCUUAAGUUUCUUACAAAUAGAAAGGUGAUGAAAUGAAGUUUUGCUUUCUCCUUGUCCCAUGUUCUUUCUCGCUACUGCCUGCAUAUUUUCUUUGAAUGUACUGAAGUUUCUUCUUCAGAUUUAACUAUAUCUUAGUAAACAAUCGAUGAUUCUUAGUGUACAAGAGACUGGUCUUUUGUCAGAAUGAAGCCCCUACCAGCCCUUUCCCACGGCAGCCAACUUUGCGGGAACGGUCUUUUUCCUCCAUCCCGCACACACAGUAGGUUGCAUCCUGCUUUUUGCGCUAGUGCAACGAGCGAGCGGUAUAGAUUGGCCAGAUUAAAACAUACAGUCGUGUUUGACGUGAACCCAUCACCACGUUUGACAAUCUAUUAGAAAAAGUGGAGAAAAAAAAAUACAAAGCAUAUAAUAUGAGAAAGGGCAUGCAGGAAGCUGGUGGGAAUAUUUACAUUAAACUUAGCGUGUAAUAAUACUGGAUUCUGAUUUACACUUUACAUUGUCAUCCAGUUUGUUAGUGGCAAAACCGAAUGCCAAAUCCGGAAUGUUCGGUUUUUGCACGAUACUGUAAACGGGAUGUGAAAUGAAAUGAAAAAAUAAUUAUGUAAACUCUUAAGAGCAUUUGCAAGCAAGUCAUAAAAUGUUCACAAGUGCGCAAAAGCGUCAAAAAGUGUCAGUAAAAAUAUACUCGCGGGACUGCUCGUGAGAAAGGGCUGUACGUUGAUUUGGUAUAGUGCGUUUCAUCAAAUAGUUCCUAUGCCGUCAUGUUGGCAGUAAUGGAAAUAAGUGCUGUCACGUUAGCCAUUUGCGAUUACCCCAAAUUCAGGGAGAUUAAAAAAUUAAUAUGAUGAGUCGUCCCUAUUAACUACUAGCAGUCUAUAUUUCAGUCCUCUUUAUUGUUAAAGGCGUGGGAAUAACUUUUAAUAUCAUUAAUAUUAUCUUUCAUUUAAUAAAAAAAAAAAUAAUAAAUAAUAAAAAGAAUAAAAAUAAAAAUAUUACAGGUUCAAUGAGAACAAAACACGAUUUUAAUCUAAAAAUGUUUAUUUUCAUUUUUUUUUACAAUAAUUAUAUUCAUCUACGUCUGACAUAUUAUUACCUCAGCAUCGCCAUCAUCAGAAGUAUCAGUAUCUUCGCCUACUUCGAUUAUGAAUCUUUCCGUUUCGCUAUCUAUUCCUGGGCCGUUGCCGUAGUAUUGGUCUUCUAUUUUUAUGACGUGCUCGCAUUCUUUGUUCCAUUCCUCUGCAGUAAUAGUUGCAAAUACUUCCUCAGUAAUUUGCACUAUUUUAUUAGCUUCUUGGCCAACGUUUUUUUCAGCAACUCGUCUUUUUAACACACUCCAUAUAAGCUCAAUUGGAUUUAAAUCACAAUGAUAAGGCGGAAGUCUUAAUACUUUAUGGCCAUUCUUUUCUAACAUUACAUCUGCUUCAUAUACAGGUAGUUGUUUAUGUUCUUUAAUUAUUUCAUACAGCUGCGCUUUCAACAUCGUCGGCAAAUACGAAAGUCCUUUACUUGUGAUUCAGGACUGCAUUUCGGACUUAGUGCUUGACUUGUUGGUGCCUUAUCAACUUGAACAGUAUGAUAGGAGGCAUUAUCCAUGACAACAAUUGAUUGCGGAGGUAGAUUUGGUAUCAAUUUUUCCCUAAGCCAUUUAUUAAAGUUAACUUUAUUCAUUUCAUCAUGAUAAUCAGCUGAUUUUGAUUGAGAUCUAAAAAUUAGCUGAGCAGUGGGUACAAAUCCCAUGGCGCCACCUGCAUGAACGAUAAUCCAACGUGGGCCUUUAGAAUCAGAAGAUAAAACACCUUCAGUUUCGCUUUGCCAACAUUUUCCAGCUCAAUAUGUGGCGUGUAUGUAUGUCUCGUCUAGAUAUACAACUGGACGCUGGGUUUCAAGACGAUUUUUUCUUAAUUCUUCCAGGUAGCGAUGACGCCAGGCAACAAUGUCGUAUCGUUCCAUCAAAACCUUUCUCUUGGAUUUGCAUUUUUUGAAAUAAAAUCCCAUACUUUUUAUAAUUCUCCACAAAGUGGUGCGGCUCCCUUUAUAAUCUAUCUCAUUUUGCAUUUCAUGCAAUAGUUUUGUUGAUCGAACUGGAUGAUUUUGAACUGUAAGUACAGUUCAAAAUCAUCCAGUUCGUGGGUUUUUCGUCGUGGGCCUUUUUGCGAGGAGUAGUCGCUUUAGUCGACGUUGAAGCUGCCACUUUACCUUCUUUAGUAAUUUUCGUCACGGUCUUUUCAGAUAUUCCCAAAAGAAAAUUCAAUUUUAUAAAUAAUAACAAGAGCACAUUACUCCUAUAUUAUUGCUUUCAAUAGGUAGAAGAUAGCUAGUUCUACUUUUGUAGUGCAACAAUUAUUAUUUAGUUAUUAACAAAUGACAAAUAUUUCAGACCCUGACUAUUGUCAUAUUUUUGUACCUAGGUACUUUAUUAAAAAGGUCAAGUGAAUUAACACUAAAAAUACUAUAGGUAAUUAGAAUAAAAUACAAUAGGAAUAUUAGAAUGUUAAGACACAAUAAUUUGAGUUUAGUCGUGGACCUGGUAAUCAGGACCCCAAUUCUCGAAUUACCCGAUAAGCAUAUCACAUACGAUAUAAUGUCCUGUCUCGAUGCGCGCACGGAGAAACCUGAACGCGCGAUAGUGACAGGACGUCAUAUCACUUACGAUAUUUAUAUCGGGUGGCGCGAGAAUUGGGGCCCUGACACUGGCAACCCUAUUUGACUUACCUGUAAUGGCGGCGACCCGAGCUUGUACACAUCUUAAUGGAAUAAGUGGGGCCUCGUUACGUUUUUCACUCUCACAAAAGUCUUUCACUUUCAACACCAUCAUUCUUUCACCUCUUUUUUAAUGUUUUCGGCAUGAUUUAUGACUGAAUCUCAAUUUAACUUGUGAAAAUCUGGAACAGCGGCACACCGUGUUGACACUUUUGACAACCAGUGCUACCAACAUGACGGCAUUGGAACUAUUUGAUGAAACGCACUCUACAACACAUAUUUCGGUAAAACACAUAUUUCGGUACAACACAUAUUUCGGUUCAUGCUUCAACUGUAUGUUAUCGUAGAACUUAAGUAUGACUAUCUGUAAGUUAAGUGUCUUAGUUGUAAUAAUUAAUGUUCUCAGAUUAAUCUUCCUCGUGUCUUCAAAUACAAUGUCACUUAAGGCCUCUGGGUCAUGUACACCCGAUUUGAAAAUAGGCAGUAUUGUUCUAACAUAAAAAAAUAUUUCCUAUAUGUAUUUAGCACACAAUUAGUCUGAGUCAUAAAUUAUUGAAUGGGUGUUAGCUUUUGAAAAAUUCAAUUAGUGAUUUAUAAUCCUAUUAUAACUUAAAAUAAUGUAUUUUGAACUAAGGAAGGUUAAUUGAUGUAACUGCAUUUAAUCAUUAUAUUUAGUGACAGUAUCUAAUUUUCUUUCAGCGGAAUACAGUCCGCUUUCUUAAUAUACUUAAUUUUGGUGUGUAAAA